AUGUUCCCUGCGGCGGCAGAGGCGUCCUCCACCUCCUCAAACUGCACAUCUGCCGUACACUCCUCCGCCUCCGCAGCCCCGGCGGCAGAGCCCCGAGUUUCGAAGGAGACGACAUCGCCAAAGGAGGAGCAAAGACGCAGGAGGGACUGCUCGUCAAAGCCCGGGGGGAGGCAGCGGAUGCAAAUCUGGACCGACAUCCACCGGCAACGGGAAAAGGGCGGGAGAGUGGACCCAAAUGUCGAAAUCCAAAUACUUGAAAGGCGGUGUGUCUAUUGUACCGAGGCCCCGGAGCGCACAGAUAAAGAGAGAGAGCGAUAG